AUGAGUAAGGACAUCGAAAAAGAGCACUUAGUGAGCGAUUCAGAGACCAAGAUUUAUAAGUCUACCAGUGAAAGGCUAUCCUUUCAACAAACAGCCCUGGAUCUAGAGAAGAACCAUCAACCAGAACCUGGCACUGCAUCCAAUGGACUCUUCCAUUGCCACUACAAUAAAAAUGCCCUUGAAAAGAGAAAGAUGGAGCAACAGAAAUCUAAAAUAAGGCUUUAUAGAGCUUUGGCAAUUUGUCUGGUCUUUAUGAUUGGGGAGAUUGUUGGUGGCUAUUUCGCAAGCAGUCUGGCUGUUAUGACAGAUGCAGCUCAUCUUCUGGUGGACUUCAUAAGUUUCCUGAUCAGCUUGUUUUCAUUGUGGUUGUCUUCAAGGCCAGUCACAAAGAAAUUAAAUUUUGGAUGGUACAGAGCAGAGAUUCUCGGUGCCCUCUUUUCAGUUUUCACAAUUUGGGUUGUGACAGGAGUAUUGGUGGCCUUUGCUUGUAAGAGGCUGAUCAGUGGCGAUUAUGAAAUUAAUGGAGUCAUCAUGCUUAUAACAUCUAGCUGUGCAGUGAUAGCAAAUAUAAUAAUGGGAUUUGCGCUCCAUGAAGGUGGUCAUGGGCACAGCCAUGGAAAAAGUAGGAAUGAGCGUCUAGACGAAUCUGAUCACAGCCAUCAACCAAACGCCAGUGUUCGGGCUGCGUUCAUUCAUGUAGUGGGAGACCUCUUCCAGAGCAUCAGUGUGUUUAUUAGUGCACUCAUCAUUUAUUUGAAGCCUGAGUACAAAAUAGCUGAUCCUGUCUGCACUUUUAUUUUCUCUCUGUUUGUGCUGGCAACAACUAUCACCAUUCUCCGGGAUAUUUUGCUGGUGCUAAUGGAAGGAACACCAACAGGACUGAAUUACACUGCCGUGAAAGAAAAGAUUCUAAGAGUUAAGGGAGUGGAAACAGUGCAUGGCCUUCAUCUCUGGGCCCUCACCAUGAACCAGAACCUCCUGUCAGCACAUGUUACCAUAGAUGACGCACUGGAUCCUCAGGAAGUGCUUAAGGAAAUUACACAGGCUGUUUUUGACAGCUUCAACUUCUACUCCAUCACAAUCCAAGUGGAGCAGUAUGUUGACUCAAACCCAGAGUGUGUGUUUUGCCAGGACCCUAAAGAUUAA